GAUGAUGCUGCAUCCAGCUGCAUCCUUGUAUUUGCCAGGCGGCAGCAGCAGAAUUUUACCCUGGCACAAGGAACUUGUCACUGUCAUUGUCAACACUGGUUGCCAGUGCAUGGUGGAAAGGCAGACUCUGAAAUUGGGCGCCAUUUGGAAGCGCGCUUUCUUGAAGUUGGAAGGCACAGUCAAGAAAGAUGGACGAUCCACUUUCUGCGAGUGGCUUGCGGCGGCGAGAGGUUGCGGUACCCAAUCCUACCUCAGAUGCCGAUGGCGGGAGCCCAUCAGCCAGCCCACGGCGGAGCGGUCGAUUCAGUGAGGUGGUGGAGCAACUAGAGAGGGCGGGAAGUUCAGUCAAGGAGACGCUGGAGAGGGCGCAGGACCAGGCAUCAGAAACAUGGAAGGCCGCUAAGAAGAGGUACCAUCUAAUGGACUUCCACGAGAUGCCAGCUUACCUGCAGGACAACGAGUUCAUCCGGCACUACUACCGCGGAGAGAUGCCGCUUAAGCAUGCGGCACUGAGCCUGUUCAAAGUGCACAAUGAGACGCUCAACAUCUGGACGCACUUCCUGGGCUUCUUGCUGUUUGUUGCUCUCACCAUCUACACGUGGCGCACCCUGCCCCUGCCGCGCCCCUCUCUGCCGCACAUCCCCUCCUUCGUUGACUUGCUCCACCUCCGGCAGCACUUCCCCACCAUCAGCCAUGCCCUCGAGAUGGCAGACCUACCCCACCUUCGUUCCCUGCUGACGACCAUGGGCGACGGCGUGUCUGCGACGCUGGAGGACUUUGCAGUGGCAGCGCAGGCGCUGCUGGCGGGCAAGGGCGUGGGCGUGCCGCAGCUGGUGGUCACGCGGUGGCCCUUCUUCGUCUUCCUCGCGGGCGCCAUGACGUGCCUCCUCUCCAGCGCCACCUGCCACCUGCUCGCCUGCCACUCCCACCGCACCUCCGCCAUCAUCUGGAGGUUUGACUACUGCGGCAUCGCGGUCAUGGUGGCCACGUCCUUCUUUCCCCCCGUGUAUUACUCUUUCUUGUGCGACCCGCUGUGGCGCUACAUGUACCUCAUCGGCAUCAGCGUCAUUGGGCUGUGCUGCAUCGCCGUCAGCCUGAUCCCCACCUUCCAGACGGCCAAGUGGCGCACCUUCCGCGCGUCCAUGUUUGCGGGGAUGGGCAUGGCGGGCAUCAUUCCGUGCCUGCACAAGCUGGCAGUCCUGCCGCACGAGAGCGUCGUCUGGAAGACCACGCGCCUGGAGGCGGCCAUGGGGGCACUCUACCUGAUCGGGGCGCUCUUCUACUCGACGCGCAUCCCGGAGCGGUGGAAGCCGGGAACGUUUGACAUCGCGGGGAGCAGCCACCAGAUCUUCCACUUGUUUGUGCUGGCUGCCGCAUACCUGCACUACAACACUGGGCUGAUCUAUCUUGAUUGGCGGGACAAGACGGGCUGCCCGCCCUGAUUAGCUUGGUCGAUUCCAGGGUAGCAAAGAGGUGUUUGUAUCAUGGACUUACAUUGCGGCAAGCGCGUUGGAUUGCUCGCUGAGUAACUUCCUGAUUGUGGGUCUGAUGAACGUAGUCAGCUGAUACCACUUCCUCCAACGAAAGCUUUCAGGAGUCAACUGAAAUGUACGUUAGAUUGGCAUGGGCGGGCUCCUUGUAUUUGACAUACGGAUGCGGCUCGUGCUGGUCAAAGAUCUUUUGUACACUGUACACCAAACAGUUGUAGGAGAAUGCAAGAUUUAAAUGGACAUGGUUGCGAAUUAUUUUUGCUCAUUGUCUACUGUAAAGUAGGCGUACGGCUGGA